AUGUCCAUUGGAAAUAUUACAAGCGGCUUUCGAGCUACGGGAAUAUGCCCUUAUGAUAAGGAUGUUCUUCCCAUUGAAGCAUUUGCCCCAAGUCUUGCAACUGAGAAACCUUACCAGGAGACGACCGCCGCUGCCGAUGAUUCGGAAUAUGAUUCAGAUGACUACCUGCCUUUAGUUGAAUUGCGUAAAAAAAUAAUCCCUUUGAAUAAUCCCUUCGCGGAAGUGUUACCAACACCAGAUCUAGUCAAAAAAAAUCUGCUCCAAGACGUAAAGCUAGAAAUUACAAAGCAGUUGAAGUCAAGCGAUCCGUAUUUUUAA